AUGGCUUCCCUGAGGCUGGAAUCCUCUACUUCAUCGAUUGCACCCGCUGAACAGCCACCUUUUGAGGUUCCCAUUAUUGAUGAUAAUGAACCACUCGUUGAUGUGGUUCGCAAACUACAUAACUAUCUGGUGGUCGCUAUUAAUGAUGUCGCAUGCACCUUUGAGGAGCUAAGGUUUUCUCCCCAUGGCCAAAGCCUCCGGUUGCUCCUGUACUCCUUGGCCGAGAACUCGCACAACCCAUGUAUAAUCGCUGCUCUGAUGAUCUUGAAAUGGCAAUUUACCAAUGAUGCUGAAACCGACUGGGGCUUGAAUGAAAGCCGAGGAUAUGCCUGUGAAUACGUUGCUUGGCAAUUUCUCUGUCAUGUCAAUCAGCGCGAAAUCAUCGAAUUCCUUCUUGAGGAACUCAAAACUCCAAUGCAGGGCAGUACAGAUAUCUCACAGGCAGAAAGAGGCACAUCUGGGUUUGCGACGAUGACCGGUGAGGCUUUUUCGCAAGAAGACGAAAGGACACCGUUAUUAUUGAGCUCGUCAUCUUCGCUUUAUCGGUUCUUUGGUGGCAAGAGACGUGCAGGAAGCUCACUUGACAUAAAUGAGCCGGGGACCAACAUGUCUGCAAGUGACGCAUAUGAGCUUGAAAAGCUGUCAAGGUUCUUUGGACUGAACGCACUCGAGAUAGCCACAAUCGCCCAAGCGAAAAGAUUUCUAAGCCAGAAAGUGGUUCAGAAAGUGAUAGACAAUAUCUGGAAGGGCGAGAUUGUCUUCUGGGACUCUUUGAGCGUGCAUUCGAAGAAGAAACCCCAGUUUUUUAACAAAAGAACCGCCGAUCCGUACUCACGAUUGAGAGUGCCAGUGUAUCGGAAGGCCUUUGAAGCGGCCUUCUUUGUCUCGUUUUUGUUCCUCUAUUAUGCGGUGUUAGUUGAGAGGAAGCCUACUGGCAUAGGCAUCUUUGAGACUAUGAUGUACAUCUGGAUCGCUGCUUUUGCAUAUGAUGAAGUCAGCGGGAUGGCUGAUGCCGGAAUGCUCUUCUACCAGAUGGACUUCUGGAGUGCUUGGAAUAUGGGCAUAAUUGGCACAGGCCUUGCCUUUGUCAUUGCCAGAAUUAUUGGACUAGCCAAACAAAGUGAUUACAUCACGGAUCUCUCGUUUGAUAUUCUAUCGCUGGAGGCAUUGUUUCUGGAUCUGCUCCCUCGUGAGCUUGAACUCCUAUUUUGGAAGUCUGGUAAGGCAAUCCAUGCAGCCGGAGACCCGGAAGAACCAUGUUCUGGAAGCCACGUUGACAGUUUCGACGCACAGAUCCCUGUUCUCAAAGAGAUGGUCAUGGCGCAUGCCCGAGAAGAGUAUCUCUUUCAGCUGUCUAUCUAUGUGCUAGAGAGCAGUAAUUCUCGGAGAUUGACGUAUUUCAUGCCCCCCUUGAACCUCAUCCCCCUCCUCUGUAUCCGCCCCAUGAGGCUCUUCUUACCUGCAGAGCACAUCCGCCGGGUGCGCAUCGUUCUGCUCCGGGCCACCCACCUCCCGUUUGUCGCACUGAUCUGGGCCUAUGAAUCUAGCCGCCGCUACGUCUCUCGGGGAAAUAGCCAAUUUCCGCCAACUGCCACGACGACCACCGCAAGCAGUCGACCAACAUCUUCCAUCCAGAUGGGGCUCCCUUUCUCCACGCACCAUGCCCCGCUCCAUGCCUCCGCACUGGAAGGGCGUUCGUGGGCAUCCAGCCGGCCUAAGGAACGGUCUAACCCGGGCCAGCACCCCGAAGCGCGCGGACCAACUUCGGGCCAGGCUGGCCGUGGUGACACCGCGGAUAUGAUCGACGAAGUGGAACGGUUGCGCACUCAAGUGGAUCGAGUGGCUGCUCGGAUGGCCUUUCACCAGCGAAGCCAAUGA